GGGGACACGAGAGGCCCGGGGUCACACGCGGAUUCCUUUCACCACCCCUUCGGAGCCUCCUCCUCCUAUAUUCGCUGGAGUCAAAUCCGAUCUGGUUUCCAACUCAAUCAAAUAGAUACCAAUAAAUAGAGGGCUCGAGAGUCAGAGGAGGCAGAGCGGAAAAGAGGGGAUUUUCCGUGUCGACCCAUGGGGCUGCUAUCGCUCCGCGUCUUAUGAUGUUGCCGAAGCAGGAUCCUCGUCGCCGGCAAAUCCAAGGCCUCCGCAAGCCACUGCUUCUUCGUCUCUGUUAUUUUAUCUUGACAUGCCCUGGCUGGCACAUCCUCUAGAUGUAUCAGUUGGUUCAGUUGCUAAACGAAAGCGCUCGCAAAUGGAUGUUUCUCAAACUGGCAAAAGAUUAAGAUAUUCAGUCUCACGCCUUCCAGAGGAUAUCUGGCGUCAUAUAUGCUCCUUUUUGCCACUGAAAGAUGCUGCGCGUGCUGCGAGCGUGUCUCAGUCCUUUAAACGUUUGUGGAGGUGCCGGUCCAACCUCAUCUUCAGUAAGAAAACAAUGGGCUACACAAAAAGUGCACGUAGACGGAGAAUAACAACAAGAGAUUACAACAGCAGAGUUGACCAUAUUCUGAGAAACCACUUAGGCACUGGUGUGAAGACACUCAGCCUUGGAUUCUAUGGUCCUUACAAUGCCAACACCGGAAAUUGUCUUGAUAGUUGGCUCCAGAUUGCUGUUACACCAGGCAUAGAAGAACUCAGCCUCAUACUCUAUUCAAAAAGUGACCAUUUAUCAGAAAAGGCAAUCUACAACUUUCCAUGCCCACUUUUGUCUAAUGGCAGCGGAAACACCAUUCGUGAGCUAGACCUUUUAGGUUGCGCCUUCCACCCCACGGUAGGAAUCAGUUGCACGAGAAGCCUGACGAGUCUAUGUCUGUCUUAUGUGAAUAUUGAGAGUGAUGAGUUGGGGUUCCUUCUUUCCAAUUCUUUGGCUUUGGAGCGAUUGGAACUCAAGGAUUGUAGUGAGAUAAUUUCCAUAAAGAUACCUUCCCUGCUGCAGCGCCUCAGCUACCUGAUGGUUUUCCGUUGUCCCAUGCUGCAAGUGAUUGAAAGCAAGGCUCCAAAUAUCUCCAGUUUUCACUAUUUUCAUGAUGAUGAUGAUGUAGAUCAACAAUUACAGCUAUUUCUUGGAGAAUCACUGCAGAUGAAGGAAAUUUUCAUAUCACAUUCCUGUGUUCUUCAUUAUGCUCUUGCCGUGCUCACAUCCAGUAUGCCGAAUCUUGAAAGGCUUACUAUGCAUUCGUAUUACGAGAUGGUCAGUACACCAACGGUAGCAAGCAAAUUCCUCCACCUCAAAUAUUUGAAUAUUUCUUUAUUUAGAUGGAACUUUGCCUCGACAUAUCUGUAUGCGGACUAUGAUAUUUUCUCGCUGGUUUCUUUUCUCGACGCGUCUCCUUGCUUGGAGACUUUCAACCUAGAUGCACCAAUGAGACGCCGGGAGCAUGACUCAAUUUUUGAAGACCCCCCCUCACAAUUGGGGCGGAUUCCAGGACAAUGCUAUGACAAUCUUAGGCAUGUGAAGAUCACUAAAUUCCGCUCCACAAAGCUAUUGGUUAAGCUCACAUGUCAUAUUCUUGACAGCACACCAUCGCUCGAGUGCCUCACACUGGACAUAACUGAUGGUGGGCCGACUUGUUCCGAGCUUGACAGAUGCUUUGUGGGCAAAGAAACUUAUAUGGAAGCCCCUAAAGCGCUUGCGGCUAUCCAGACUUACAUCGAGAGAAAAGUUCCCUCCACGGCUAAGUUGAAUGUCGUGGAGCCUUGCAGCCGAUGCCCUGC